GUCUAAACAUCUAGUUUCAAAGCUAUACCAAAAAUAGAGCCAACGAAACACGACGUCGUGUGUUUCGAGAGUUGAGCGAUCGUUGUUUUUUUUUACUUUCCUGUUUUAUGGUAUGCCAAGCACACGAAGCUAGCUUCAGAUAGGUGGUGCAACAAAGUGUGGAUCAUCUGGUGGUGUGUUUAUGUGCGUGUGUAACCCAUAUAGGCAUAGUAUCGUAUCAUCGGUGUAUGGGAGGACUGAUUCCUUGUGCCGGAGAAAAAGGAUAACGUGCAAAGGAUACCGAACGGCAGCUUUAGUUAUGUGACAGCUUCGGAACGGUGAGCAGUGCUUCCGUCGAUUGUGUGCUUUGAAACCAACAAACGAACGAAACGGACAGAAAGGUUAUCAAUUUGCCCCUGCUGGCUGCUAGUGAGAGAUAGUCGUGAAUGAACUUUGUUGUGAUUAAGCAAACCAGUGGAGAGGAGCUAGAGUAGAGUUGUGAUUGAGAACAGUUUUGGGCAGAACAUUUAAGAUGUCUAUUAUUCAUUCGUCGUCGUCGACCUGCAGUGAUAUCAGUAUUGAGGAGUUGAAAGCCAGAUCACCAGAUUUCCAUCCGGAAAUUCUCGCCGCCAUCAAACAGGAACCGCGUUCGACCGUUUCGCCUAUUUUAACCCCACCGCACACUCCCACCGAAGAUAGUAUUGGCUCGUUGCCCGGCGGGAUCACAUCGCGGAACUACUUUGAUAUGGAACAGCAGAACCGGUCUCCGAUUCAACACCAUCAUAUGUCGCAUCCCCAUCACCAUCAUCCGCAUCAACAACAACAACCCCUGCAGGAGCUUCCGAGCACUUUCAUCUCACCACAAGCGAACGCUCAUGGACAGCCCCAUUCGAUGGAGGCUUUUCUUUACCAACAACAACAACAGCAGCAUCAGCAACAACAGCAACAACACCAACAGCAACAACAACAGCAGCACCGUCUAUGGCUCCAAACUCAGGCAGCGGCAGCAGCGGCGGCACAGCAACAUUUACAUCGAACCGGUUAUCCCGUUCCUGGGUACGCCCAGCUUCCUGCCGCCGCAGCCGCUGCCGCCCAUCAUCCCCAUGCUCUGAUGCAGCAGUGGAUUCGCAAUGCCGCAAUCUAUCAGCAACACUUUCAACAUCAGGGCUAUCCGGCGGAUCUCGCCCGCAUUCCCAGUCUUGGCCGUCCCGUGAACCCACUGGGACCGAUGAAAGUGACCGGCAAUGGUAGUUCCCGGCCGAAGAAGCAAUUCAUCUGCAAGUACUGUCACCGUCACUUCACCAAGUCGUACAACCUGCUGAUUCACGAGCGCACCCACACCGACGAGCGGCCGUACUCGUGUGAUAUCUGCGGUAAGGCGUUCCGCAGGCAGGAUCAUCUGCGCGAUCACCGGUACAUCCACUCGAAGGAGAAACCAUUCAAGUGUUCGGACUGUGGCAAAGGGUUCUGCCAGUCGAGGACCCUCGCCGUCCACAAGGUCACCCACCUGGAGGAGGCACCCCACAAGUGUACGAUCUGCAACCGUACCUUCAAUCAGCGUGCCAACCUGAAAACGCACCUGCAAAGCCACUCGCUCACCGAGGUCAGCCCGAACGGGCCGGUGUUGGAUCUUUCGCAAAAAUCUGCCCCGUCCACUCCGGAGAAGGAAAUCAUCGUCGACGAGGACAUCGAAGACGAUGACGACGAGGACGAGAUUGACCGGCACGGAACACAAAUUCAAGCAACGCUCCCGAAAAAAUCCCUCGGAUUUUCUAUCGAUGAGAUCAUGCAGCGGUAAUUUGGCUUCGCCAUUUGACCCACCUUUUUCACACAGUGAUGUUCCUUAGUCAGUCGGGAUGAACCAAACGAUCGCGGGUGCGGUUGAAGCGGUAAAAAAAAAGAGAAAGAUUUAGACACAGAGAGAGAGAGGGCAAAUGCGCGGGACGAAAUUAGUUGAAUCUUUUGUUUGUUGAUUUUGUAUUCGUUUGUUUCUUUUAUCGGGGAAUGUCAUUUAUCCAUUGUUACGUGGUUAGCCUUUAAAACGGAGGGAGAGAAACGGGAAAUGGUAGUCCAAAGCAAGAAAACGCAGAUAAUAGACCGAAAGAGAAAGGUAGUAAUUUUAUGACCUAGAAAAAAAAUCCAACAGAGCAGCCAAAGACGAGAGUAAUAGCUUGUUUUUUUUAUUCUUCUUCCUCUUGUUUUCUAUACCCACUCUGCCAAACAGUACACAUCCGUAAUUAGGUGUAAUUCAAUAAUUGCUAGAGUAGGGCACAGCGAAACCAGGCGAUAGAGGAAACCUUUCUUUGAAGACUGAUUGAUAUUGCUUUUAUUUAUGAAUGCGCAUAUUUUAGGUAAGACAUACGCUCACACCCACAAGCACACACCCACACACACACACAUGCAAACAUGAAUACAAACCCUGUUUAACCACAUUAUUAGCUGAAGUGGAACCUUGUUGUGACUCGUAUAGUAGCUAAAACUGGAAAGUAUUGCAAACUGAUCUCAGCCAAAACUUAAUUAGUUGUAGGAAAAGAUUUGUACAUAGCUUAGAAUAGAUGAGUAUAUUAUAUUUUAUGUUGUAAAUUUAAGUCCUGUCAAGACGUAAAUUAUUGCUAUAUUACAGAUAUGUA